GGAAGCACAGCAGAGUCGUGAAGCGAGCGUUACUGACAGACAGAGAUGGAAGUGAAGCUGCAGCUCUGCGUCUUCCUGUUACUCGUACAGGUUUCACUUGCGGUGUGGAAGCAUGUGACUGUUCUGGAAGGUCACACACUCAUUUUAAGCUGCCCAGUUAUUGAUGCUCACAACACUAAAAUGGAAUGGCGGAACCCUGAAGGACAUAUUAUUUUCUUCAAUCAUAGAAAAGCUUCAGGAGACAAACGCUACAGCCUCAACACACUGUGCAAGUCAGAAUACACCAUCAGUAUUUCCAAAGUCACCUUCAACGAUGGAGGCAAAUACACGUGCGCUCAGUAUGGUGAUCACACAACAGAGACGGAAGUGGAGGUCACUGUGUUAGGCUUUCCAAAAGUGAAGAAAGUGAAGCAUGAAGGGAGGUAUAUUUUACAAUGCACUGCUCAGGGGAACCACUCUCCUCCAAAUAUCUCCUGGGAAUUGGAUGGUGGACCUGAAAUUCGUGUUUAUCCCCAACUCCAGCAUGAAGAUAAAAAAUAUGUCUCAAUGCAGAUGCUUUUUGUUGGGCCAGUGAAGGACCAAGUCACUGUGAAAUGCAUUGUUCGCCAUCCAGCUCUGUACUCACGAACUCUAAUGCACUUUGUCAAGAUAGGAAGAAAGGCAAGAAAGUACCAGCACACAACCACGACCCGCUCUCCAACAGCCCGGCCCCCAGGCUCAACAGAGGCCCAGAGAACAACACGGUAUAUCACAACCACAGACCUGAAAGGGCCUUCAUCAGAGGGCCCAAAGUUACCAACUGAUCCCUCUACUCAGACGGUCACAUCAGCAGGGAACCCUGCUUCAUCCACACACUCACAUCUCAGCGAUUACACAACAACCUUAGUAUUAUCAGACUCAACCAGGAGGAGGAAUGACACCAGCAGUAAUGCAACAAGCACUGCAGGCUGGACAUCUGUCUCUGAGACAACAGAGGAGAUCUCAUCCUUUAACCACACAGAAGGGAACGACACAGGAAUCUUUAAUGACCUGAAAAUGCGGACAGGAACAGAACGAAGUUCAUUACUGGUCUUCCUGGUUACAUGUCUGAUCUUCGGGCUUCUCAUUGUAGUCAUUUUUUUCGUCAUAAAGCUGAGGAGAGCACACAUCGCCUGGAAGAGAGUUUUUAUUGUUACAGAGAAUGAGGACUCUGAUCCAUCAGAAGAGAGCAAUAAAUCCAAAUCAAGCCAGGAAGAGAAGAACUCCCAAGGACAAAGGCGGAGAGGGUUCUUCAACACAGCAUUCACACAGUACGUUGUUGAGAAACCAACAGUGAUAACCUCGGUGACAAACACAGCUGCGAUGGCAGCAGCUGGGGCUGAAUACAAAGAGAAGACUUCUCAACAUCCAACCCCGGGACAAACAUUAACCAAUCAAGACAUAAAGGAGACAGAGCUUUAACAAUCUGUAAAAUACAGCAUUCAUAAAAUCAGCAAUAUCAUGACUAACAUUAUAAUGUUAACAGAUGAAGCUGAUAAGCUUUGUUGUUAUUGCACUUGUAAAAAAGGAUGUAGGACUAUUUUUACACAGAAAAUAAUAUGGUGACUUGCUUAUAACUGAAGUUUUUUACUUCACUGUACAUUAUAAAUAUUGUAUCAAUGUGACAUUUACAUAUAACAAUAAAUUAUAUUUUUUUGCUAUGAUAUAAAAACAUCCUUUUGAACAUGAAUGAGUUGUGUGCGCUAAGUGGUGUCUGGUGAUGUUGCCUAAUGUAACUUCACAUCUAUCCUGCUUGUUCCUCAAGGUAUGGCUUCUGGUGAACAAAAUGUGACUAUGUAUCAUCAAUCAAAAAUUGAUUUCUUUAA